UCUUAUAUAGCCCAAUCAGGAGUCCUCCGCAUAACUUCUCAGUAAAACCCUAGCAGCAGCUGCAUUUUCAGAGAUCCAUUGCCGUCAAAUCUCCCAAAGAUGAAGGUUGUCGCAGCAUACUUGUUGGCUGUUUUGGGUGGCAACACCAGCCCCUCCGCCGAUAAUUUGAAGGAUAUCCUCAGCUCAGUUGGGGCUGAGGCUGAUGAUGACAGGAUUGAGUUGCUAUUGUCUCAAGUUAAGGGCAAAGACAUCACUGAGUUGAUUGCCGCUGGAAGAGAAAAAUUAGCUUCCGUUCCUGCUGGUGGUGGUGCAGUGGCUGUUGCUGCACCUGCUGGUGGUGCAGGUGGUGGUGCUGCAGCUGCUGCCCCUGCUGAGACAAAGAAAGAAGAGAAAGUUGAAGAGAAAGAGGAGUCCGAUGAUGACAUGGGCUUCAGUCUCUUUGACUAAGAAACUGGAAAUGUGGCGGAACAUGUAUCAACAAUUUUCUAUUCUUCAGUUUAUUUUAAUAGAGAAUUUUUCUAUGUUAAUUUUGGAUCUGGAAUUUUGUCAUCUAAACAAGUUGAGGAAGACAAUGAAGAUAUAGUAUUAUUUCUUCUGAGUUUCA